AUGGUGCUUGUCUCCGCGUAUUUCAGUUUUGUGGCAUCCCUUUCGACUGUUCCAUUGGCUCUUGCCGCUGCGAAGUGGAGGUACAACGGGACAGGAUCCAUCGUUGUAGGAGAGGAAUGGACAGUUCCUGAACUCCUUUAUCAGAUUUCUCCUGUGGUUGUUUCUCCCUUUCCCGGUGGCACACAUGCCGAGCUGGUGUCAAAUCUUCUCGACGUCCACAACCAACGUCUAGAUAUGAUGGAUGCCAACCAGAUUGACUUCAUGGUCUUAGGAUGCAAUUCACCAUGCAUCCAGGGCAUAACCGAUCCUGUCACCGCGGCGAACACGUCUGUAUACGUCAACAAUCAGCUCGCAGCCUCAAUCUCGAACAACACCGAACGGUUCGGAGGAUUUGCCUCUUUGGCUAUGCACAACGCCUCCUUCGCUGCUCUAGAGCUUAAACGAGCUGUGAAGGAGCUCGGACUUCUCGGAGCCAUGAUCCACGGCUACCAGCAGUCCGGGCCAGAUGGACAAACAUUCCUCUACUAUGACCAGCCGGAAUACGACGUUUUCUGGAAGAUGGUUUCGGAUUUAGACGUUCCAGUAUAUCUUCAUACCCGGCUAGAUGCCCAACCUAUCCUCGAUUUACUAUACGCCCAUGCGCCCUUCCUGAGAGGCGCCCCUCAAGGAUUUUCAGCCGGUGCAGCUGCUCAUGUUCUUGGACUCUGCGUGAAUGGCAUUUUCGACCGCUUCCCUGACGUGAGACUUAUCGUCGGUCAUAUGGGAGAGAGGAUACCAUCUGACCUCUACCGCAUUGACACAGAAUUCAGCCACACAAAGACAGCCAUGAAGGAAAACAUAACAACCUACUUCAAGACAAACAUGUACAAAACCACCUCAAGCGACUUCUCCACAAGCCUUCUUAAGUUCCACACGGGCGAGAUAGGCCUUGAUCGUAUCAUGUAUUCGACCGACUAUCCGAAAGCGUAUCCACCCGAUGGCACUGCGUGGCUGAACUCCUUGCGCACCGCGUUGAGUAAACACGAGUUGGCUUCGUUGAAAAGAGAGGUAGCUAUCAAGGUUCUACGUCUCAAUAACUAG